ACUGAUUUGUAGGGAACGAGCAGUCUAGAGGGUGUAGCCGCUCGAUUUCAUAUCAAGUUUGAAAAGUAAAUAUAGUACUAGAAAAUUGGCGCCUUCUACUUUUUUAAUUUAAUUUUUUUUUACAGGUUUACACGAUCUUUUUAAAUUUAAGAUUGCUGCUAUUUUAUUUGCAUAUGUAGUAUAUUCCAAUAUUAUUAGCUGAAUAUUUUGGAUUUAACAAUCUGGGGGACUUGUAUGAACUUCAUUCAGCAGAGAUCCUUAAACAUUCAACUUAAGGGUUACAUGAGAAGGCAAGCUUCGCCCAACUUUUCUGUCGCUCUGAGAAGAUUUUUAAUUUGAGUUAACAACCUCGGUUGAUCCAAGCGCUGUUGAACUUGUGGCGGAAAAUGAAUCGAUAAAGUCAAUCCACCUGGUGUUUUGAGGGUUUUUUUGCAACCAGCUAGCUGUUGUUCAGCAACGACAUGAUGUAUUCUCCCAUCUGUCUAACACAGGAUGAAUUUCACCCGUUCAUCGAGGCACUUCUUCCACACGUCCGUGCAAUCGCCUAUACUUGGUUUAACCUCCAAGCCCGAAAGCGCAAGUACUUCAAGAAGCACGAGAAGCGGAUGUCAAAGGAUGAGGAGAGAGCGGUCAAGGAUGAGCUGCUUGGUGAAAAGCCUGAGAUCAAACAGAAGUGGGCAUCCAGGCUGCUCGCCAAGCUCCGCAAAGACAUCCGCCAAGAGUACCGGGAGGAUUUUGUGCUCAGUGUUACGGGGAAGAAGCAUCCUUGCUGCGUGCUGUCCAACCCUGACCAGAAGGGAAAGAUCAGGAGGAUCGACUGUCUCAGACAGGCCGACAAAGUCUGGCGCCUUGAUCUGGUCAUGGUGAUCCUUUUCAAGGGCAUCCCUUUGGAAAGUACGGAUGGAGAGAGGCUUGUGAAAUCCCCACAUUGCACCAAUCCAGCACUUUGUGUCCAGCCACAUCAUAUAACAGUAUCAGUCAAGGAGCUGGACUUGUUUCUGGCAUACUAUGUCCAGGACCAAGACUCCCAGCAGUCAGGAAGUCCAAGUAACAAUGAACCUGGAAAGAGUCCUCCAGUUUACCUUGAGGACAGUUUUAUAAAAUCAGGAGUCUUCAGUGUUUCAGAGCUGGUGCGAGUUUCCAGAAUGCCCAUCACCCAGGGAAGUGGGGUGAAUUUCUCAGUUGGUGAGCUCCAGAGUCAGCCAUACUACCACGACUUGAACUCGGGUGUAGGCCUUCACAGAUCACUGUCCUCUCCGCCCGGCAGCAAACGGCCUAAGACGAUCCCCAUAGAGGACAACAUGGAGACAAGCCCAUCUGGAGACUUUUACUCUUCUCCCAGUUCACCAGCAAGUGGCAGCAGGACAUGGCAUGAAAGAGAUCAAGCAGAUAUGUCUUCUCCCUCAAUGAAGAAGCCAGAGAAGCCAUUGUUUAGCCCCACAUCCCCCCAGGAUUCCUCCUUAAGAUUGAGCACUUUCCCUCAGCACCAUCACCCAGGAAUCACAGGAGUCGGACACAGUGUUAUCUCAACAAGAAGCCCACCUCCGCCUUCACCGUUGCAGUUUUCAGCACCUUCUAUUCUCCCUCCUGCCCCGACCACCUACUUCUCUCACCCCACAAUUCGAUACCCGCCACACCUGAACCCUCAGGAUACUCUGAAGAAUUAUGUACCAUCUUAUGACCCAUCCAACCCACAAACCAGCCAGCCUAGCAGUGGUCAAAUUGUGGGGAAAGUGCCAGGCCACUUCACCCCGGUGUUGGCACCGUCUCCACACCAUGGCUCAGUGCGACCCGUCACCUUGUCCAUGCCAGACACUAAACCCAUCACUACAUCGACAGAAGGUGAGGCAGCUUCACCCACCACAGCCACCUACACAGCCCCAGGCACACCCACUUCAAACAGGUUCGUGGGACUAAGCUCAAGGGACCCAGCCUUCUUACACCAGCAACAGCUGAGGAUUUGUGACUGGACCAUGAAUCCAAACGGCAGACAUUUAUACCCCAGUGCCAGUGAGGAUACAUUGGGAAUUACUUGGCAAAGUCCUGGUACCUGGGCGAGCUUAGUUCCAUUCCAAGUGUCGAACGGGACUCCGAUUCUGCCAACAAGUGUCCAGAAUUACAGCAUAAACAUCAUUGGUGAACCCUUCCUUCAAGCAGAAACAAGUAACUGAAGACACACAAGAAAGGAAGCAGAGCCAGCAGAACUGAGAAUAGUAAAAACACUACAUAGCAGCAAGCAGCACUCAUACAAUCUCCAUUGUCUCAAUAGGGGGGCAAUGAAAAAUUACUAAAAGAUUGUUUAAAGCGCUCUGAUAUGGUGAUACAGCUCAGCUCUUGCCAGCUAGCCUUUGUAAAAAAAAUUUAAAGAAAGGAAAAUGUUGAUGUAUAUUAGAUACAACUUUAGAUGCCUUAAUGUUUGCAUGAUAAGCUAGUUUCUAUUAAUAGUUUUUUUUUUUUCUUUAUGAGCUAAUCCUGGGUUUGAGUGGGUUUAAAUCAUAAAAAAAAAACCAAAGGCUGACUGGCAAGCAACUGAAUUGUAGUUUCAAAUUAAAUAGGCUGUCACCUGAAGAGGCCCAUGAAUCAAACCAUUCGCUACAUUUCCAUAGCAACAAAGUUGAAAAUCAGAUGUUUUUCUUGAGUUUGCCACAGUUCUGUCAAAGUUAACCUUUAACCUAUAAACUUAUUGGUCUUGUUCUUAUAUUUAGAUUAAGGAUAAAGGUCAAUACCUACACUAAAUGGUUUACUAUUACAAUAUACCUAAUUAAUGGUAAUGAUAAUUGCCUCUUGCAUAAGUGAGAGCAACAUGAAUUUAGAUAUUUCCCUAACAAAAUUUUAAGCAUAUAAGAGGCAAGUGCAAUUUUAAAUUUAAUACUGAAGGGAAACUAUAGUCGAUCAGCCCUAAGACUCUAAAUUGAGGGAAAUAAAAUGUUUGGAAAUUGUUUUUAUUUUUUAUUUUUUGUAAGAAAAAGAAAAAAAAAAACUCAAACAAUUUAGAGUUGUAUCCUUAAUUUACAUGGGGAAAAUUAUUAAAAAAAAAAAUGUAGACUCAACUGUGCUUGAUAGGCAGUGUAAACAAAUCAUAAAUAUGAACGAAACAGCACUUAUAUUUUUAUGAGCCGUUCCCUCCCCUGGAGGUAGUCUUUAUUUAUUAUGAAUUAAAAAGUGGAGUGUGAAAAACACAUAUUGUGUAUAAAUGGCUUAUGAAUCCAGCAUCACAGAAGCAAAAAAAAAAAAAAAAAAAAAGAUUAAUUUGGCCGUUAGCUUAUGAAGCUACCGGUUACGAAAAAAAAAAGAGUGUAGGCUGUUCAUGUAAAAAAAAAAAAAAAAAAAAAGAAUAGAAUUCUGCACUCACAAACACUAGCCUGACAUAAAGGGUGCUGAAUAGUUGCAUGGUGCUUAGUGAACACUUGUGAUUCAGUAGAUCCCUUUGAUCAUAAACACUAGCAGUGUGCAUGGCAGUUACUUUGCCUCUGCAUCUCGAAACAAGAUAUAUAUAAAAUAAUCUUUCCAAUAAUAUUAAUUUGCACGAAAAUAUAUAGUCCACAUUACGUGCCUUGCCUUUGAAUAUAAAACAGAGACAUCACUACACUUGUUUUUUGCUGCAUUUAUUACCAUUUUUAAAAUUAACAUUUUUAUGAUAAACAAAUAAUAAUAUUUUGUACUCUGGAUGAAAUUGUGACAUCAUUGAUUUUUAACUACAUGUACUACUUUAUCUCUCAUUUAUAAUGCAUAUCAUGGCUGUGUAUAGUUGCCUUUUAAAAGUUUAUAAUCAACCAGCAUUAUUUUCAGUAUUUUUGGUGUUUUAUUUCUAAUAACCUUUCAUUUUUUCUUCCAUCUUCCAAUUACUAUUUUGGGGGUUUUCAGAUUUAUAAGAAUUAUGCAAUACCAAGUUUUGCCUAUGUAGGUAGUGCUUAUAGCUGUAUUGAUUAUCAUAAGCUAGUAUGGAGAUAGACAAUAUUGUAUGCGUUCAUUUUGUUGUUGUUGUUGUUGUUAUUGUUGUUAUUGUUGUUGUUAUUGUUGUUGUAUUUUUUUUUUUAAUUGACCAAAGUGGGUACUGCUUUCUAUGCAGUGUGAUAAGGUCCUUUUUGUGUACAAAGAGAUGGACAUGGGGUGUUGUUUCUUUUUUAUACUGGGAGGGGAGGGAGGUGAUUAUAAUAGUUUUUUUGUUUUCUUUUUAAACUCUGCAGCAUAGGAGUGAAGUGUGCACCAGUGGCCUAAUACAGGCUGCAAAGUCACUGAUCUGUCUACUGUGACAAACUGGUUCCUUCUUUUAACUUCCCACCUGGGGUGCAAGCAUGAUUCCUGGAAGAAGCUCAUUAUCAUAGGAGAACAGGCUUGACUUGAGUACAGUAAUCAACCAGUCAAAUCAGAGAAGCUUGUUCAGAAUUAGAAUCGUUUAUCUAAGUUUUUAUUCAGGCAAAUGUAUUAUAUAUGCAGUAUAUGGCGUUUGAGCUGACACACCGAUGCCCUGUGCCGGGGGAAAGAAAUGUUCAAGCAGCAAAUUUCAUUUAAAAAAAAAAGUAAAGAGAUUAUUGAGAGUAUUGGAAAACAAUACUGGUUUGUUUUCUGAAGACUAUGUUUUAAAACCCAAUCUUCCCUUCUUUAUAACGCAUUGUAUAAACUUAUUUAAACAACUACAAUAUAUGCAAAAUGGCUUCCUUAGCAACUGCCUUAAUAAGCCAAGUGACUUCUUAUAAAUUUGCUACAAUCAUAAACGCACUAAUGUGCAUCCUGUAUGCAUGUGAGAACUCUUGAAUAAUGAAGCUAAACAAUACAUCAAUUACAGUUUAAUCUACUAUGUGCCGCCACCACCACAGUCUAAUUGACAAGAUCAUGAAAUCUGAAUUAAAAAAAAAAAUUAAAAAUGGCUGUAGAGUUUCAUAAUUUUAAGCAGUUCCAACCGCACAAAUAAUUAGGUUCAAUUAUCAUUUAAUUUAGAUUCAGGGUAUUUAAAGGCUUACUAUGAAGCAUAAUGAAUACAGCCUGUAAUGGAAGCAUGUGAAAAAAACAGUGUUGUUUUCGGGUGCUAUUGCUGACUUAUUAAUACAACACUUUACUAUCUAGCAUGCAGGCUGUACAUUUUAGCUUCCUAAACUUGUUUGCCAUCUAUAGUAGCAGCAGUUUACAAAUUAUAUGCAUGUGAUUGCUCCCAUAAAGGAAAUAAGAACUGAAGUGGCUGUACAUACUAUAUCCGGCCCUUCCAAAAGGCAAUAUCUUUUGGAACUCAAGUCAUGCCUCGUCUCUCCUACUUCACCAAGAUGCUUAUUCUGACUCAAAACCGAGCCACCCCGUUCUAUGUGCACUGUUCUGACUUUAUUAACUUAAGUGCUUUGCAGCCUCUGAGCCCCCCCUGGCGAUCCCCUAGUGUGACAGGAACCUGUAAUGCUUGUUUAGGGAAACAAAAGCAGUGAACAAAAGCAGUGAAAAACAAAAAUCAUGGCAACAAUUAUUAUAGCAAUAGUUCUGGAUGUAUUAUUCACUGGCAGCUCCGUGAAAUAUAUAUGAAUGCCUGUGAAGCUGCAUGCUAUGAGAGAAUCAAGGGUCUUUCCAAUGAACCACCUGCCUUGUAGACAGCAAUUUGUACACUGUAUAGUUUUUUUUUUAAGGUUUUCUCCUUUUUUUAUUAAUUACAUACCCUGUUUUAUAAAGGUAACAUUUUUUAAACAUUCUAAAGGAUAUGUGUGUUAUUUACAAUUUUUUAAGAAAAAAUAAAUACAUUUUUGCUCUUGUGGAUACUGGACUUGGGUUAAAACUCUCCAGUUUACAUUAAUUUAUAUAUUAAAAAUGACUGUCCAUUUAGCAUUUUUCCUACAUAUUCCAAUACUUAAAAAGUACUGGGAACAUAUCCUUUACAGAAUUGUAAAUGGUGAAAAGUUGUAUUUUAUGAAGGCUAUUUUGUUAUAUUAGUGUUGAUGAAUUUGGUUUUUGGAAACAUUUCAUAAUGUUGGAAGUAUCACUGUUUUUUUUUUUUUAUUAGUAUGGCCUUAGCAAGAGUUCUUGUGAUUUAUUUUUUAUACAUACCAGUAUAGGAGUUACAACAUGAAAUGGCAGACAAAGAAUUUAAAAACACCUUGUUACCUUGAUGUGUUGCUAUCAGAAGGGGACAUUUGUUAAGUGACACCAGAAGUAGUUCUGUCCAUGUACUGAAAUGAGAAAACAUUGUGUAAAACUAUGAAGGCUGUAGCAUGGGAUCAUAUUAUACAGUGUACAGUAAUUUUAAAAAAUGAUAAAAGGACAAGGCAAUGUUGCUGGCAGUUAGGCCCGAAGCAUGAUUACCAUAUACAGUUCACACUUUUCUUUCAUGGUCGUAAGUAAAAAAUUAAUAAAAUAAGCAAAGCUAUACAAAUUUAUCAAAAUAUUACAGCAGCGUGCUUCCUGGAUCCUUUUCAUUUUAAUUGAGAAUUCUUAAAUGUGCAGGCUAAGCAAAUUAGCAGUGAAAAAAGCCUGAAGUUGCAUGUCAGGACUCCAUUUAUGUAUUGAAGGAGUUAAAAGAAAACUGCCUUCAUAUUUGCACUUUCUGCUAGUUCCCCUAUUCCUCUCAAUUCCACAACAAUUGUGUAGGUGUGGUUAACAGUUGGUACCUAAAUUACAUACAUCACUAGAAGAUGGAUGACAGCCUGGACUACUGAUUUUGCCCUUUGACUUUUUAGGAUCAGUAUAUUCAAAUGCCAUUGUAGAUGCUUGUACUGUUUUUAUACCACAGCACACAAUGUUACAAGAGGAGAAGAUGGAAAUGGUCAAUUUUUACAUUUUUGUGUUAGUUUGUUCUACAAUGGUUGUAUGUAGUUUUUUUUUUGUUUGUUUUUUAAAGGGCUGAAUAAGUUUUAGAUAUCUGGAAAUAUUGCACAUGUAUGAGAUAACAAUUUUAACAGCAGUAAACAAAAAUUGCAUCAGUGACACUGGCUUUUUACAUUAGAAUACUUUGAAAACAAACCCAGCUGUUCUAGAUACAUUGCUCUGACUAUUGUUGUCCAAACCAAGAACAUUGGGACUAUUGGGAAGCAAGGAGGUCCAGUGACACUAAUAAAAUUUCCAGUGUAAUUCAUACAUUUUUACAGAAUGAGUUGUAAAACUGUGCUACAGGGACUGGUGUGACAAAUGUAUUUACUAAUUGAAGACAUGUUGUAAGACGUGUGUUCUAUUUAAAUGUGUUGUUUUUGGAGGGCACAGAUUACUGCAUGAACUAACAUCAGGUUGUGUGAACAAGAAUGAAACAAAAACCAGCAAAUGUAACUUUUAACAAAAGUUAAAAAAAAAAAAAAAAAAAAAAAAAAGUCAAAUAAGCAGUGCCUGUUCAAGCUCACAGUCUCUGUGGAGUUCAGUUGUAAAUAAAGCUCUUGAUAGAAUUGUUGUCAAAAUGUCUAAAUACAGAAUGUGAGGGACGGCUCUUCCCGAGCCUUUUUUUCAUUAAAGUUUGUUUGUUUGUGCUUCAUAACUAUGACAAUUCUAGCCAGCUGGGAUGGAGUGGCCCCUGUCUCUUGUAAGAUCUUGAUAUUUCUCUGAGGAAAAAAAAAAAAAAAAAAAAAAAAAAAAAAAAAAAAAAACUUAUGUAGGGCAGUGUGUUUCUUUAGUCUCAAUGCUACAUUUAGUACAACAGUAGAUGACACAUAGUCAGUUUAAAAUGCUUGCUUGCUACACAGCAGGGUUGAUCCAUUUUGGAUCUUGUGGCACUUUUAUGUCCCUUGGCUAAAAACAUUUAGAAUUUUCAAAACAAAUACAAGAACAAAAUCAACGCUCCUCAGGCAGAUACAGGCACAAGUCUGUGUAGCUGCCUGUAUGUAACGUAUCAUAAUCUAGUUGCCUAAAUGUAUUAUUUCUUUCUGUUUCUGGAACUUAGGCCUCUUGACAGGAGCAGGAGAGGGAGGGACUAAUGGUUUCAAAAACAUGUUUUGUUGGUUAUUUUCUUUUUAAGGGACUUAUUUCCUGCCUGCUGUCUUUGGGCUUGUUGCAAAUGGUACAGGGGAUAAAACUGCCACAAGAUUAAAAUCAGUGUAAAUAAAGCUUGACUUAUUGUGAUUGUUACUGUUAUAUCCAACUAUACUGCUAGCAGCUGCUCAUACUGCAGUCAAUUACUGGAAGUGGAUAUAUUUCCUAUGCAAAACUGUUUAAACAAUAAAAUGAGCUAUGCUACAAAA